AUGGACAAAAGACCAUCUCGCUUGCAACCUCGAAAAAGUAUUUCUGGUGAAGAAGAAAAAAAAAUCCCAGUCCGUUCUUCUAUGCCUCGUAACCCAGUGAAGAAAAACAAGCCAGUUGUGGAUACCCGCAAAGUUUCUUCAGUAUCGUUAGAUGCCCCAAACGCCUUAGUAGUAGACAAGCCAAAAACUUCACGAGAUAAAGAAUUAAUCAAUACAGCACUUAACAAACAUUUUAUCUUCACCAGUCUAGCAGAUGAAAACCGAGGACUUUUAAUUGAUCAUAUGAAGCAUUAUACCUUAGGCCCACUUGAAGUAGUUUUUGAACAAGACCAGCCAGGAAACACCUUUUUUAUUGUCGCUUCAGGUAAAUUAGAUAUCUAUGUCAAUGGAAAAAAAGUAAAAGCCCUGGGUGCUGGAGAUUCGUUUGGUGAACUGGCACUUUUGCAUGACUCUCCAAGAUCAGCCACAAUUCAAACUUCAGAAAGGACAACACUUUGGGGACUUGACAGAAAAACAUUCAGACAUGCUGUAGAGACUGUUAAUGCACAGAAUUACCAAGAAAAUAAGCAAUUUAUUGAGAGUGUCCCACUUUUCAGGAUUUUAACGCCUGCACAAAGAGAUGCCCUGGUAGGGUCAUUGUCUACACUGAAAUUUAGGCCUGGAGAAAGGAUUGUGAGCGAAGGAGACCCUGGAGAUCUGUUUUAUGUGCUGAAAGAAGGAAGCGUAAGCUGCACACAAGAAGGAAGAGAAAUAAGACAGAUGUUUAGAGGCGAUUUCUUUGGGGAACAAGCAUUGCUUUAUAACUGUGUGAGGACUGCAAGUAUAUCAGCAAUUGAUGAUGUAAAAUGUGUAGCAAUUGGCAGAGAAAGAUUGACAAAGGCAUUGGGUAACCAGUUGCAGCAUAUUAUAUAUCAGAAUACGAAGAGGAUGGCAAUUGAUGCCUCAAGCACUCUGAGUAGGCUUACAAAGGAUCAGACUGAUAGGGUUAUCAAUGUACUAAGAGUAAUUACAUAUUCUAAUGGCCAAGUAGUGGUCAGACAAGGAUCUCCUAAAGGCAUGCACUUAUGGAUGGUAAUGAAAGGGAAAUUAACAUAUAGAAAUGGGCAUGAAUGUGCUGACGUGUUCCAAUGCAUUGGUGAUCAAGAUAUCACAAAUACUCCAUCUGGAAAUUAUAGUGAAGAAGUUGUCGCUGAUGGAGAAGCAGUAGUCGCUGAAUGCACACGUGAAGAAUUCGAAGAAUGCAUUGGAGGUGUUUUUAGCCAAGUCACCACAAAUAAUGAAGCCCACUCAGUACUAAAAAGAGUCCAACUACUCCGAGGCCUCAGCUCUGACAGGUUCCAAGCAUUAAUCCGCGCAUUACAAAUCCGUGAAUUUUCCAAUCAAGAAGUAAUCGUCCAACAAAAUAAUCCCGGCGACUGCUUUUUUAUCAUAAAAUCUGGAAAAGUUGACGUAAUUAAAGAUGGGAUCAAUGUAAGAACGAUCACAAAGCACGACUAUUUCGGAGAAAGAAGUGUCCUUUUCAAUCAUUUCAGAAGCGCCACAAUUGUAGCAAAUGGCCCUGUUUCUUGCUGGGUUCUGCACCAGCAAGAUUUUUUGAGCAUUAUAGAUGAGAAUAUCCGACAGCAUUUGCAAAAAAGAAUAGAUCUACAAGACGAUAACAUUACGCUGCAAGAUCUAGCUAUCGUCAAAGUGCUUGGAAAAGGCAUGUUUGGGAAUGUAUUUUUGGCAGUUCAUAGAGAAAAAGGCCACUUAUAUGCUCUUAAAACAGUUGAUAGGCAGAAAAUCGAAAGGUUUGAAAUCCAAGAAAACUUAGUCCUAGAACGAAAAAUUCUGCUACAGCUGGACCAUACUUUGAUACUAAAGCUAGUCAGAACUUUUAAAGACCCUCGACGUGUCUAUUUCCUUACUGAAUUUGUAAGAGGAAUGGAUCUAUUUGAUGUGCUUCGGCAGCUGAACCUAGUCACCGAUAAAGAUGCUAAAUUUUACACAGCAAGUUUAGUUGUCAUUUUAGAGCAUCUUCAUGAGCGUGAUAUCAUUUAUCGUGACCUCAAGCCAGAAAACGUAAUGGUCGACGACGAAGGAUACGCAAAACUCAUUGACUUUGGGACUGCUAAAAUUGUAAAUGGCCGCACCUAUACUAUUGUUGGGACACCUCAUUAUAUGGCUCCAGAAGUUAUUGUAGGGAAAGGCUAUAGUGUAGCAGUUGACUAUUGAAGUGUAGGGAUCAUGCUUUACGAGUUCAUGUGUGGUGGAGUUCCUUUUGGAGAAGAGGAAGAAGACCCCUUCGCAAUUUAUGAAAAAGUGCUUGAAAGACGACUGAUUUAUCCUGCGUUUGUAGACCCCAGGAUGCCAUCAAAGCCUUUUAUAGAGCAGCUUCUGUCAAAAAACCCUGCUAUGAGAACAGGAGGAAGCAUAGAUAACUUAAAAGCCCACCCAUGGCUUAACGGCUUCAAUUGAGACCAACUUUUGUCACGGCAGCUAGACUCGCCAUAUAGGCCUAGGGUUUCUGACCUUUCUAGAGAAAUCCAGGCAGCCCUGAAAAACAAACGAAGCAUCAACGACAUCAUAUCUUUAGAAGAAGCCAGCGAAGAAAUGCCUCCAGGGAAAUCCAGAAAACCCAAAAAUGUUGCUAAUAACUGGGAUGAAGACUUUUAA